AAGCGGAAAUGCCUUUCAAGACAACUUCCGGAAGAGGUCGUCAUGGCUUCCCGUGAGGAGGUACUUGCCUUACAGGCUGAAGUUGCCCGACGUGAGGAGGAAUUGUAUUCCCUGAAGCAGAAGCUGGCGGCUGCCCUUUUGGCGGAGCAGAAACCGCAGCCGCAACGGCUGGUUCCGGUGUCGCCGCUGCCGCCAAAGGCUGCUCUGUCCCGAGAUGAGAUUCUGCGCUAUAGCCGGCAGCUAGUGCUGCCGGAGCUGGGCGUGCACGGACAGCUGCGCCUGGCGACUGCGUCCGUGCUAGUCGUGGGCUGCGGUGGGCUCGGCUGUCCACUGGCGCAGUACUUGGCAGCGGCUGGCGUGGGCCGCCUCGGCCUUGUGGACUAUGACGUGGUCGAGAUGAGCAACCUGGCCCGCCAAGUGCUGCAUGGCGAGGCACUGGCUGGCCAGGCCAAGGCCUUUUCGGCCGCCGCCUCUCUGCGCCGCCUCAAUUCGGAGGUGGAAUGCGUGCCGUACAAUCAGGCCCUUACGCCAGCCACUGCCCUAGACCUGGUCCGCCGAUAUGAUGUGGUGGCCGACUGCUCGGACAACGUGCCCACUCGCUACCUGGUUAAUGACGCAUGUGUGCUGGCGGGUCGGCCUCUCGUGUCUGCCAGUGCCUUGCGCCUCGAGGGCCAAAUCACAGUCUACCAUUAUGACGGUGGGCCUUGCUAUCGCUGCAUAUUCCCCCAGCCACCCCCAGCGGAGACAGUGACCAACUGCGCGGACGGCGGGGUGCUCGGUGUGGUAACUGGGGUCCUGGGCUGCCUGCAGGCCUUGGAAGUGCUGAAAAUCGCUGCGGGUCUGGGCCCCUCUUACAGUGGCAGCCUGUUGCUCUUUGAUGCCCUGAGAGGGCAUUUCCGCUGUAUUCGGCUGCGGAGUCGCAGGCUUGACUGUGCAGCUUGCGGAGAACGGCCCACUGUGACUGAUCUGCUGGACUAUGAAGCCUUCUGUGGCUCCUCAGCCACCGAUAAAUGCCUCUCCCUGCAGUUACUGAGCCCAGAGGAGCGUGUUUCCGUCACCGACUAUAAGCGACUUCUGGAUUCUGGGGCAUCCCAUCUGUUGCUGGACGUCAGGCCUCAGGUCGAGGUAGACAUCUGUCGUUUGCCUCAUGCCCUACACAUCCCUCUGAAACAUUUGGAACGCAGGGAUGCGGAGAGCCUGACACUCUUAGGAGAAGCAAUCCGGGAAGAGAAGCGGCGUACACAAGAAGGGGCUGCUCUCCCCAUUUAUGUGAUUUGCAAACUGGGAAAUGACUCACAGAAAGCCGUGAAGAUCCUCCAGUCCUUAUCAGCAGCUCAAGAGUUAGACUCUUUAACAGUCCGGGAUGUUGUGGGGGGCCUCAUGGCCUGGGCUGCUAAAAUUGAUGGAACAUUUCCACAGUACUAAGGUGACUGGUAUAGUUUGACGGGGAAGAUAUGAAUAUACAGGAGAUGUAAUAUACAGGAGCUGGAGAUUGUACAGUAUCUGUGAAUACAUGGACUCCUUUUUUAUAAGGAAUUUAAAAAAUUGUUAUGUAUUGGAUGACUUAUUAAUGGAUUAUACUGUUUCUGAGAACCAUCAUUUUUUUUUUUUCCAGCACAUGGAGGGUGUCUCGAACAUGUGAGAUAUAACGUGACAGGAUUUUGUAUUUUAAACUGCAGAUCAUUGACCUGUCCUUAUUUUCCAUUUCCCCCAGUCAAAAUGCUUUCUAAAUAAUUUUAUACCUGGAAUUAAGGUGCAGUAAACUUAGUCUUAUCAAAUUGAUCACAGAGCAUAUACUUAGGGUCGGUUUACUGUUUAGUUAAGAAAUUAUUGGAUCUUGGCUGGGUGUGGUGGCUUCACGCCUGUAAUCCCAGCACUUUGGGAGGCCAAGGUGGGCAGAUCACUUGAGGUCAGGAGUUCGAGACCAGCCUGACCAACAUGGUGAAACCCCUUCUUUAUAUUAAAAAAGAAAAAAAAAAUUAUUGAUCUUAUUAAUAUUUCAGAUGAUAGAAUACAUGCUACAAAAGUACAUGUUUAAAAUGUAAAUUGUUAUAAUUAUUUAGAAAGGGGGGUCAUUCUAUUUGGCAUUUUGAAUUAGUGUCAAAAUGAGAUGUUUAAAAUUUGCCAAAAUAAAGGAAGCCACCUUUGUAGUCUGUCAGUGCCUCUUACAAAUUGCUCCUGUUUUAUAAAAGUUAGCUUCAGAGUCCACCUUAUGUUGCACAUACAUAGAACAUUUUCUAAAUUGGUUUGACCUGCUUUGGAAUCUUAAAGUCCAAGUCCCAACCCUUUGCUGCUUCCCUUUUAACUUGCCUUUUCUAUUUGGAUUUAAUCUUUUUUGUUCCAGCAUUUUAUACGAAUGUAAAAUGUGUUUUUAUGUUUGUUUACUUUACAUUUUCAUAAAAUGGUAGGUAGAGUCUCCCCAACUUCCAAUAUAGACAACAAAAUUUAAGGUAAAAAUUUGAUUUGUGAGUGCCUGUCAGUGGCCGGUUGAACUAAUGGCCUGUGAAAAGGGCACCCGUUCCCUCACAGGUUGCGGCAUGCAGGCCCAUAAUCAUCCAUUGUUGUUGUUGAAGAGUAGCAGAAAUCACAGAUGUAACUGCAAAGUCUUUGUAUCUCCGUCAACAAUUAGAAAAAAAAGCUUAAAAGCAUUAUAGGCCAGAAAAAACCCUCUGCAGACCAGAUUUACUCACCAAUUUGAAAUCUGUGAUACAGAAUCUGUUUUAGUAUAAGAGGGUGGUAUUUAACAAUCAAAUUCAAAAUUAGUCAUCAAGUUUUAACUAUGAAAUAUUGUAACUAAUUGUUUGAACAGGUAUAUUUAAAGUAUAGUAUACCCUUCUCUUAUAAAGAUGAACAGGGCCUCUUAUGACUGUUUCAAGGAGUUAUGGAAGUAAAUGACUGAGACCUAGAGUGGA